GUCCUGGUCAAAUGGGCACAAGCGCUUCCAGUAAGUAAUCCAGUUGCUCCUCCCCUUCUUUCCCGGACACGUCUGGCCGCGCUGCCGUGCCGAGCAUAUCCACGCUACGCUACACCGACGUGGAAGCCCCCACCGCACCUCAUCCGGCACGCCUCCCACCGGCUUCGGCCUAUAUCAAUCUCCGGGCCGCGCACCGGAUGCCGCCUCCCAUUUCCCCCUCCCAUCUCUAACAACCAUCCGCGGGCGGUGCAAUCUGUUUGUAUCCGUCGCUCGCUCCCGACGACCGAGAAGAGCUAGCGCCGUUGCUCGGCGGAGGCCAGGCGAGAAGAGGAGAUGGACCACGCGGCGGAGGCGCAGCGGACGGACCUGAUGACGAUCACGCGGCACGCGCUGAACGAGCAGGGGCGGCACCCGGAGUCCCGGGGCGACUUCACCAUCCUCCUCUCCCACAUCGUCCUCGGCUGCAAGUUCGUCGCCUCCGCCGUCAACAAGGCCGGCCUCGCCAAGCUCAUCGGCCUCGCCGGCGAGACCAACGUCCAGGGGGAGGAGCAGAAGAAGCUGGACGUGCUCUCCAACGAGGUCUUUGUCAAGGCGCUCGUCAGCAGCGGCCGCACCUGUGUGCUCGUGUCUGAAGAGAACGAGGCGGCCAUCUUCGUGGACGCGCCCCUCCGCGGAAAGUACUGCGUGUGCUUCGACCCGUUGGACGGCUCCUCCAACAUCGACUGCGGCGUCUCCAUCGGCACGAUCUUUGGAAUCUACAUGAUCAAAGACAAGGACAACGCGACUCUGGAGGACGUGCUGCAACCCGGGACCCACAUGAUCGCCGCUGGCUACUGCAUGUACGGGAGCUCAUGCACGCUUGUGUUGAGCACUGGGAACGGUGUAAAUGGCUUCACUCUUGAUCCUUCCCUGGGAGAGUUCAUACUUACCCAUCCCAACAUAAAGAUACCAAACAAAGGGAAGAUCUACUCGGUGAACGAAGGAAAUGCCAGAAACUGGGACGCGCCUACAGCGAAGUACGUAGAGAGAUGCAAGUUUCCCCAAGACGGCUCAUCACCAAAAUCCUUGAGAUAUAUUGGAAGUAUGGUUGCUGAUGUUCAUCGCACCCUGCUCUACGGAGGCAUAUUUCUGUACCCCGCCGACAAGAAGAGCCCCAACGGGAAGCUUCGUGUUCUGUACGAGGUUUUCCCCAUGUCGUUCCUGAUGGAGCAAGCCGGAGGCCAGUCUUUCACCGGCAAACAUCGGGCCCUUGAAAUUGUUCCUUCUGAGAUACACCAGAGGUCUCCGAUAUUCCUCGGGAGCUACGAUGAUGUGGAGGAGAUUAAAUCACUGUACGCUGCGGAGUCGAGCACCGCCUGAUCUGAGUACCUGAAGACACAUACACAUGUUCCGCAUCGGGUAGCUAAAAGAAAAGGUUAUGUUCCGCGUUGUGACAAAACUCCUUAGGUAGUGUUAUGGUGAUUCUGAGAUCAUUGUCAUGGCCUCGAUGUAACAAUAUCCGUGUAUACAUAUAUUUGACA